AGAUGGCGAUUAUAAUCAAAUUUGAUUGCGAUUUUUGUUUACUCGAAAUAAAAAAAAACUUUUAAAAUUAAUUAAAUUAAAAAAAAUUACAAUGACAAUUAUGAACGAAGAUAAUAAAUCAUCGAAUAAUUUCGAAGAAAUAAAAAACAAAAUAAUCGAAACAAUUUCAAAUGAAAAGAAUGCAUUUUUCAUACAUCAACAACGUGAUGAUCCUGAUCUAUCGUUGAAUGAAAAACGAAUUAUUGUUGAAAAUCUUCUUGAAUCGAAUAGAUUUUUAUUUCUACAAAGAUAUGGUCAAUAUCUUGAUAUGAAAGCAUUGACGUAUUUUCAAUCUAAUGAUACCUGUGAAGAGAUUCAAAUUCAGCUUGGAAUUUUGAAAACAAAAAUUCAAUCCAAAAACAAAAUGCUUCGUAAUCGUCGAUAUCAAGCUUUGCAAGAUUUAUUAAAAGGAACUUAUUUUUCCCACAGUGAAAUGCAAUCAAGAAAUCCUUAUUUAUUCGAACAAAUGAUUGGACGAUAUAUGAACGAACAGGAAAGAAAAGAACUUCAAAAUUCAAAUUAUCAACAAAAUUAUGAUCGAAUAGGAUUUUCAUCGUAUCUUUUCGAAACUAUACGACAAGCUUAUCUUGGAAAUCAAAUAGUUCAUACAAAAGAACAAUCACAAUUUUUCGACGAUGAUUCUUCCAAUGAUGAUAAUUCCGAAGAGAUUGAUGACGAGAAAAAAGAUUCAUUACGAAAAGAAUUUCUAAAAAUUAUGAUCGAAAAUUUUUUAAAUGGUAAAGAUGGUGAAUAUUUUGAUUAUGAAAAAGUGGACAACAAUGAUGAUUAUGAUUUAAGUCGUGAAUUUGAACAUGAUCAACAAGAUCGAUAUUUUGAAGAAUAAUUUACUUGAUUAAAUUUGAUAAAAUUUUUUUUGUUUGUUUUCAAUUGAUUUAACAUAAAUCUAAAGAUUGGAAGAUCGAUUUAGCAAAAAAAAAAUAAUCAACAACAGUCAAAAAGAUUUACG